UCCUUUUUUUUUUUUUUUUUUUUGACCCGAAGCCGCACGCUAAACGUCCAAAAAUUUUCCCCACUAGCUAGGUUUCGCGAUCGGCGUCGGUCGCAGGGCUCCGCGCCUUGCCCGCUUUCCUGCCGUCUCGGCUUUCCGCCGCUCCUGUACAGGCCCCCAAGGAGACGCCGCAUCCUGCUCCCAGGGGGUUUUCGGUUUAUCGGUGGCGGGCUGCAGCAGCCCGGUGCUGCGCGGGGCGCCUGUCCCCAGCCGUCCUUUCUUGACACGCGUGUGGCCCGUCCCCGUCGGGAUUCGCUUCCGAUGAGGAGCCGAGAUUUGGAACGACUCCCCUGGCCAUGCUGGCCGCCACCUGCAACAAGAUCGGCAACACGAGCCCCCUGACUACCCUCCCCGAGUCCAGCGCCUUCGCCAAAGGGGGCUUCCACCCCUGGAAACGCUCCACAUCCAGCUGCAACCUGGGCUCCAGCCUCUCGGGCUUCACGGUGGCCACGAGCAGAGGCUCCAGCGGACUGGCCAGUGGCUCGGGCACCGCCAACAGCGCGUUCUGCCUAGCCUCCACCUCGCCCACCUCGUCGGCCUUCAGCAGCGAUUACGGCGGCCUCUUCUCCAACUCGGCGGCGGCGGCGGGCGUGUCUCCGCAGGAGCCCGGCGGGCAGUCGGCCUUCAUCUCCAAAGUGCACAGCUCGGCAGCCGAGAGCCUCUACCCGCGGGUGGGCAUGGCGCACCCCUACGAGUCCUGGUACAAGUCGGGCUUCCAUUCCACGCUGUCGGCGGGCGAGGUGGCCAACGGGGCGGCCUCCUCCUGGUGGGACGUGCACACCAACCCGGGCUCCUGGCUGGAGGUGCAGAACCCGGCGGGGGGGCUGCAGAGCUCGCUGCACUCGGGCGCCCCCCAGGCCUCGCUGCACUCCCAGCUGGGCACCUACAACCCCGACUUCAGCUCCCUCACCCACUCCGCCUUCAGCUCCACCGGCCUGGGCUCCACGGCCGCCUCGCACCUACUCUCCACCAGCCAGCAUCUGCUCACACAGGAGGGCUUCAAGCCCGUACUGCCCUCCUACACGGACUCCAGCGCGGCAGUGGCGGCGGCCAGCGCCAUGAUCUCGGGCGCCGCCGCUGCCGCCGCCGGGGGCGGCUCUGCCCGCUCCGCCCGCCGCUACUCGGGCCGCGCAACCUGCGACUGCCCCAACUGCCAGGAGGCCGAGCGGCUGGGGCCAGCCGGGGCCAGCCUGCGGCGGAAGGGGCUGCACAGCUGCCACAUCCCCGGCUGCGGGAAGGUCUACGGCAAGACCUCGCACCUGAAGGCGCACCUGCGCUGGCACACGGGCGAGCGGCCCUUCGUCUGCAACUGGCUCUUCUGCGGGAAGCGCUUCACCCGCUCCGACGAGCUGCAGCGGCACCUGCGGACUCACACGGGCGAGAAGCGCUUUGCCUGCCCCGUCUGCAACAAGCGCUUCAUGCGCAGCGACCACCUCAGCAAGCACAUCAAAACGCACAACGGGGGCGGCGGUGGCAAAAAGGGCAGCGACAGCGACACGGACGCCAGCAACCUGGAGACGCCACGCUCCGAGUCCCCCGACCUCAUCCUGCACGACGGGGUGGGCGCCGCCGCCCGCGGACCGGGCAAGGAACCUACCGCGGGGCCCGGCGACUCCUAGGGGCAGCGCCACCUGGCCCUGGCCCCGGUCCCUGUUCGGGAGCCCCUGAGGAGCCGCCCGGACUCUGCCCCGCGCCGGCCGGAGGGACGCGAGCCGCCCCUCGCCGCGGACGGUGCCCAGGGCCGCAGCGG